ACUUUGAUAACUCGACAGAUUAAAUGCUUAUCAAAUAUAUGUUAUCUCGAAUCUUGAUUGAAUGUAAAAUGUGCAUCUUGACUCCAAUUCUUCGAGUAUCCUUCCUAUAUAUGUAGUUGCAAUAUAAGAAUCUAAUCAGAGGUGUUGUCAGGUGUAUUUAAACUCAAUCAGAGUGUAUACCAGGAAUACUAUUUCAUAUGACGCAAUAUGACGUUGGAAUCGAAGCCUGGUUUCUAUGUGACCAAACGGAAUGCUGUGAUCAUUAUUGUACUAUUUGCCUUGAUAAUAACUGGAGUCGGUUUACUAGCUGGUUUGACACGAGCACCAUGUCCAAAAAUAGUCCAAGUGACUCCCGCACCUGGAGGCGGAGGAAUACAAUCUACCACAACAGCACCAUCAUCGACAACUAUUACAAUUUCUCAGACGACCAUAGGCCCCGAACCAUGGUAUCAAUUCAGGCUCCCAAAGAAUAUAAUCCCUCUACAUUACAAUCUCCUUGUCAGACCUGAUUUCGAGGCUUCAGAAGCCUGGUUUUGGGGGAAUGUAUCCAUUCAAGCGACAGUUACCUUGGAAACGAAAUAUAUCAUCAUGCAUUGUAAGGAAUUGAAUAUAACAAGUGCUAGAGUUACUAAUAAUGCCAACACAGAUGAUAUACCUAUAAGUAAGCGUUUUGAACACAAACCAAUGGAGUUCUGUGUUAUUGAGACAACGACACUCAUCCCUGGAGAUACUAAUAUCACAGUAGAUGUUGAAUUCAAUGGAUCGUUGGAUAAGGGGAAUAGUGGUAUUUACAAGUCAGAAUAUUUUAACACUGACUUGAAUUCAACUAGAUCUCUAGCUAUGACUCAAUUUGCCUCGACUGAUGCGAGGAAGGGAUUCCCUUGUUUCGACGAGCCUCAACUUAAGGCGACAUUCACGGUUUCACUACAAUAUCCCACUGGAUAUGUUGCAUUAGGAAAUAUGCCUAAUAAGACAAGCAGAAUACUUGCUGACAAUAUGAUGGAGACAACAUUCGAAAGGACUCCUAGUAUGAGUACAUACCUAGUCUGUUUCGUUAUUAGUGAUUUCCACUAUAAAGAGGCAACGUUGAAGAGUGGAAAACCAAUAAGAGUUUGGGCUCCCAGUGAUCGCAUCCGAGAAGUCGACCUAUCAUUGGAAACUGGGAAGAAUAUUACCGAUUGGUAUGAGUCCUACUUCAAUAUGUCCUACCACCUGCCUAAAAUAGACAUGAUUGGAAUUCCCGAUCUUCCAUUUGGAGCUAUGGAGAAUUGGGGACUUAUAACAUACCGGGUAACCAGGUUGCUUUAUAACGAGGAACAGAAUACAGCACGGGACAAACAGAGUACUCUGGCUGUAGUAGCACAUGAGCUUGCACACAAUUAUGUUGGGAACGUGGUGACAGCAGCCUGGUGGGAAGAUAUAUGGUUAAAUGAGGGAUUCGCCACUUUCUUUGAAAACAAAGGAGUUUUGUCCGUUUUCCCCGAGUGGGAAAUGUUGGAGCAGUUUGUGCCAAGGAGUCUUCACACUAUAAUGGAGAGUGAUUCGUUUGAUGGUGUCAGGAUGAUUGCAAAACCGGUCACUGACCCAGCAGGCUUGAGGGACGUAUACAGUGGAAUUGUCUACAGAAAGGGAGGAUCUAUGAUGCGUCUCCUUGAACAGCUCAUGGGUGAAACUGACUUCAUAAGAGGGAUGCAGAACUAUCUAAAGAAGUUUGAAUAUGGUAACCCUACAACUGAUCAGUUCAUCUCGGAAAUGCAACAGGUGUACAACGGAAAUAUUGAGAUUAAGACAAUGUUGGACACUUGGCUUAGACAGAGUGGACACCCUUUAGUUACAAUAACAACCAAAGACAAUAUGAUUUCUGCUUCACAAAGACGUUUUGUGAAGAAUUCAAAUGAUACUUUUAGUGAGAAAUGGUAUGUGCCCCUUUCUUACACCUACGUUGGAGGGUCAACCACACAUACAGUAUGGAUGAACAUAACUGAUGUUUCAUUCCCAUCCCCUGUGACAGACCAAGCAAUUAAGUUUAAUUCACAAAAUUUGGGAUUUUAUCGUGUAGAUUACACGUCAUUGUGGCAGCGUCUUGCAACUACGCUUCAAAACAACAUCAAUUUUGUCCCUGCCACAGAUAGAUCCAACUUGUUAGAUGACGUCUUCGUGCUUGCACUAGACAACAGACUAUCAUAUAACGUGGCCUUGGAAAUGACGAAGUUUUUGAGGAAUGAAGUACAUUAUGUUCCAUGGUUGAGUGCAAUCAAAGGACUCAAUCAAGUAGAAAGUAAACUGUGGAAUAGAAAGUCGUAUGGUAACUGGAGGACUCAUUUGCGUGGUUUAUCGAGAGAAGCUAUGACUCCUUUACAAGUUACUGACACUGGCAGCCACUUAAACAGGUUACUGCGGCCGCUGGUGAUUCAGCAAUCCUGCUGGGUCGGUGAUCCUGAUUGUCUCACUAAUUCAACAAGGUUGUUCCUUGAUUUUAUAAACCAGAACAUAAGUAUACCGGCAAAUGUUCGUGCUGAAGUGUUAAAGUUUGGCAUGCAACAAGUCGGUGGAGAAAAGGAAUGGGAUCAAGUGUUUCAUCUUUACAAAACAACUUCAUCCUUCCUAAAUGACAAACUCAGAUAUCUAGAGUCUUUGGCAUAUGUGCGGGAGAGAUGGCUGAAAUCAAGAUUCUUGGAUUACACAUUGGAUGACUCGAAGCUUCCGAUUGGUGAGUUUACUCGUGUCGUGAGAUAUGUGAGUGCCACUCAUGCUGGUAGACGCAUGGCAUGGGACUGGGUCAGACAAAACUGGGACGCCCUUAUUGAUAGAUUUUCUUCCUCUACGUUGUUGACCGCUGUAUCUUACAUAUCGGCAACAUAUAAUAAUCAGCUGAUCCACGACGAGGUUGUGUCCUUUCUGCAAGAUAAGUUUAAUGACGUUGAUAUGUCGUCCAGGAUACAGUCGAUUAGUAACACAAUACAGUCUAAUAUACAGUGGCUUGAGAGACACGAAAACACUGUACAAAACUGGCUUGAGAAUAACUGAAUCAACAAAUAAAUAUUGUUAUUUACAAUUUCUAUGGGAUGUUUCAUCAAUAAACUUAAAAUAGUCGAAUUAAAUUAUUAAUACUAUACCACUUAUUAAUAUUCCAAACCAUGAAUUGUUCAAAAGAUUUUGUUGUAAAUUGUCAAAUGUUGACUGGGAGGUGAUCAGCACGCGUACUAGGGGGAUUGAACAAUUAAAGAUGUCAUCUCCCAAAUCAUCGUAUCAGUUACUACAGUACCUAAAUAUGAUAAGAAAUAUAUAUUAUUCAUUCAAUUGAUAUCACAGAAUAGUAAAUUAAUAUAUCAAAUGAAAACCAAGAUUAGGUUUAUGCAAAGAAAGUGGUAAAAUGAUUUUGUAAAAUAUUUUAAACAUAAAGACAAAGGAAAACAGUGUAUUAGUCGAAUGUGACUCACUCAAACCGACAGACUGUUCCGAACCAGAGGUACCUCAUCCUUCAUAUCAUCAGGACUUCAUUUAUUCCCCAAUUCAGGUGGAAAGAAGUGAAAUACCCUUGGACCGAGGAUGAGGCAACCUCAACAAAAUCUGGAGAAGAUAUUGCAUACAAAAACUGAAAAUAAAAGAAUUAACACCAGGUUACUGAACGUUUUUGUUCUCAAAUUCUAAAGAAUGGGUAUCGAUAUGGCGAAAUUUUUGAACACACGUUUCUCUUGAACCAGUC